UGUAUUGGAGCUAUAGGUAGGCUUAAAAGUAAUGCGAUGGAAAAGAACUUUUAUCAGAAACGGUUUUAUAAUACAGAUGGAUGUCAUAUAGAGAUACACCCAAAAAAAGAAGAAGCCAUUGAUUAUCACAACUACAAAGGGUGGUAUUCAGUCGUACUGUUGGCUUUAGUAGACGCAAAAUAUAGAUUCAGUUAUAUCCAUUGCGGCAGCCCAGGAAGGUGCAAUGAUUCCGCAAUUUUUGAAAAGUCGUCUCUAAAACGGGAGCUGCAGGAAUGCGCACUCCUUGAUGAAUUGAGCUGGCAGUAUGGAUCCACAAAAAUACCAGUGCACGUUAUAGGUGAAUCAGCCCUUCGCCUAUCUCAGCAUUUAAUGAAGCCAUACCCGCAUAGCGUAAACAACACACCUGAACAAAAAAAAUUCAACUAUAGAUUAUCCAAGUGUCGACGUGUUGUGGAAAAUGCUUUUGGCCAUUUAAAAGCCAGAUUUAGAAGAAUUGGAAAAGGCGUGGAUAAUCACAUAAAAAAUGCAAACACUGUGAUUUGUGCUGCAUGCGGUUUACACAAUUUUUUAAUUGCACAGAAGGACUAUCGUAGAGAAUUGGGUAGUAGAAAUGCAACGAGAUAG